ACACAAUCCGUGUUCUGUUUGAACAGCUAGGAACAGGUUCACAGAUUUGUACUGCUGGCUGCUGAACAACUUCAUUAUCCGAAUUUUGGAAAACUACAAUAAUGACACGUAUGAGGAAAUAUUACUUUAUUUUUAACAUGUCUACAUCGUAGAAAAUGUACAGCAUUUAUUAAUGAAAGGAAAGAGCAUCUCUGAAACUAGAGUUGAAGGAUCCCCUGAAUUAGACUUUAGUCUCCAGUAAAUAAGGACAGCUGUUGGCUCUGGUGAUUCCAGGAGCCAUGUCUUUGCAUCAAGUGAGUGGGAUAUUUGUGCUCUUUAGUUUAAGUCUUGUUUUCUUCCCACAACACUGUGAUGGAGGAAACAUUCUGGUGUUCCCUGUGGACGGCAGCCACUGGAUCAAUAUGAAGAUUCUGCUUGAAGAACUUCAUUCCAGAGGACACAACAUCUCUGUGAUCAGGGCUUCCACCAGCUGGUACAUCCCAGAAACAUCUCCCCUCUACACCUCCAUUACAAUAGACAUGGAUGUAGGCUUGGAAAGCUUUUUUGAUAAACACAUACAGGAUUAUAUGAAGGCACAGAGAAAAGGAGCUUCAAUGCUGACCUUCCUAAAACUCACAAAGGAUUUUUGUUCCAUGAUUGUUGAUGGCCAUUCCCUUUGGCGUGAUGCUGUGAUUCAGUUAUUUGAGAAUCAAAAUUUGGUAAAAAGUUUAAAAGAUUCCCGUUAUGACCUGGUUCUUGCCGAUCCAGCCAUGGGACCUGGGGUUGUGUUAGCUAAAUAUCUUAAUCUACCGUUAGUCCUCAAUGUGCGCUGGAUCACCAGUGGAGAAGGCCACUUUGUGCUGGCCCCCUCACCGCUUUCUUACAUCCCAGUGCCAGGAUCUGGUUUAACGGACAACAUGAGUUUCUUCCAGAGGGUCAAAAACAUGCUCUUCUACGGCCUUGUACUGUUCCAGGAGAAAUUCUUGUUGCAGCCUAUUUAUGAUGCCAUGUGUGAUAAAUACAUUGAACGUGGAUGCAACAUCGUGUCGCUGCUUCAGGAAGCCGACAUCUGGCUGUUCAGGUCAGAUUUUGUGUUUGACUUCCCUCGGCCAACGAUGCCAAAUGCUGUUUAUAUCGGAGGGUUCCAGUGCAAGCCUGCCCAGCCUCUUCCAGCAGACCUGGAGGACUUUGUUCAGAGUGCCGGAGAGCAUGGAGUCAUCAUCAUGAGUCUGGGGACUUUGGUCAAAACGCUGCCUAGAGAGGUUGUAGAAGAAAUAGCCACAGUUUUUGCCAAGGUCCCUCAAAAGGUGAUAUGGAAACACAAUGGAGAGCGACCUUCUACCCUGGGCAAUAAUACCCUGAUAGUGGACUGGAUGCCACAGAAGGACCUCCUGGGUCACCCUCAGAUCAAAGUCUUUGUAGCUCAUGGAGGAACAAACGGAGUCCAGGAGGCCAUUUACCAUGGAGUCCCAGUUCUUGGUAUCCCCCUGUUCUUUGACCAGUAUGACAACCUUCUACGUCUGCAGGAACGAGGAGCAGCAAAGAUCAUUCAUCUAGCUGAUGUUAACGGGGACACUUUUGAAGAAGGUAUUAAGGAAGUGCUUUAUAAAGACAGCUACAGGCAGAACAUGCACCGACUGUCACGUCUACACAAAGAUCAACCACUAGCUCCCAUGGAUAAGGCUGUCUUCUGGGUAGAGUAUGUGAUGCACCACAAAGGGGCUGCACACCUGCGUACUGAAGCUUAUAAGAUGCCCUGGUACUCGUACUACUGUUUAGAUAUCAUACUCUUCCUAAUAACUGCAAUGAUUGUGCUUAUCCUCUCUGUUUGUGCUAUGGUUAAGCGUGUCUGCUGCAAAAGAAAAAACAAGAAAAAAAUCAAACAAAAAUAAUUUAAAACAGUUUAUUUUUCUUUGUUUUUUGUGUGUUACAUUUAGAGAACAUCAACAACCAACUUUCCUUUCAUUUAGGACAAAUUCUGACUUUAUUUUUAACCUUAUCGUGGUUUAUUGUCUACACAAAACACGUCAACAAAGAUUUUUGCACAGUUUUACAUAAAGUGAUCUCAACAGCUCUAAACUUGACAUUCCCAAUUACCUUAAAAAUGAGCCUUUUCAUGGCUCUGUCUCUUUAAUUGGACCUUUCCACUGUACGCGUUUUACUUGUGAACUCAGCAGCCUCCCAUUGUGAGCAUUUCAGAUGCAAAAUGAAAGAGCUUCACUCAGCGGGGUUCUGUAAGGUCACCAAAUCACAUGAGAAUUGCAAGAUCACGUGAUGUUGUGAGUUCAUGCGAUUAAUGCAAGAUUAGAAUUCACUGACUGAAACAAGCAGUCUGCCUCGAAGUGGUUCACAUGCACCAAAGGAUUUUGAUUGUUGCUGGGAGCUCCAGUCCGGUCUGGUCCUUCGCAUUUGUAUUCAUCAGUCUUUCAUUUGCGAUUCAUCUUGAUUCAGUCAGUGAAGUCUGGUUGUGGGGGUGGGAGUUUGACCAGAGAAUGAGAGCAGAAAUGGACAGACAAUUUUUUUCUAAUACAAGGGGUAUUUGUAGACAGUAGAGACCCACACGGCCACACGAAAAGAUGCAAAAUUCAGAUUUCCAUAAUAUGUUUAAUGUGUUAUCAGAAGUACAGCACGCUUACCAGCAAAAAUAAAGAGCACGUUUUUGUUAGCUUGUUAGAGAAAGUUCAAAUUGAAGUGCUGGUAAUUAGAUGAAUCACUUCUAACUUCUAUUCUGAUGUGCCGGCUCCUGAUCCGCCAUCCUUUUAAAAAUAUCACGGUGUAUUUUGGGAAGUAUUUGACCAAGGCUAGGCUAGGCUACAAGACACCUCCCGUGUAUCCUUGCUCAGCUAGCUAAACAGCUAACAAAAGGUGCCUUGGUGGUUCCUGAUGACGUAUCUCCUAGGCAACUGGGGCGAGACCAAGACAUCAAAGCAAAGUUCCUUGGCAUUGAGAAACACCCUGUGUGUUCCUCCAGCUUACUUCUACUUCCUCAAACAUGUGCACCAGAGCUUUGUUUUCUCCCCAGAAAACAACUUACAAAGCACUCUACUAGCAGUUAAAAUCUGAGUAAAGUUGACCUUUAAAAAGAUUUUUAUUUACUGAGACAACUUUUUAGAACAGCCAACAUUUCAGUAAUCUGCAACACCAUGUACUCCACUUUGUGUCUAAUUGCAGUUAAUAACAUUUUUAUUGAAACGUGA